AUGAGCUUGCUUUUGAGAAUAAGACAUUGUUUACCCAAUGGUUUGUAUAGACAACCUCUUUAUGGGUGCACAUUAGGUUUGAAUGCUAGGAAAUUAAAUGUAUUUUCAAGAAACUUCGGUCAAGCAGCAAGAAAAGAGGAGGAGGAGGAGGAUGUAGAGGAAGUGGAAAUUGAUCAGAGAAGUCUCCCGGCUGAUUUUGAUCCUGCAACAUUUGAUCCCAAUGAGAAUCGCGGCCCUCCAUCAGAGAGAGUUUUCCGGCUUGUUGAUGAAGUGGCGUCUCUUACGCUAGCUGAAGCUGCAGAACUGGGUCUUGUUCUAAUGAAGAAAAUGGGGAUAAAGGAGAUGCCUAAUGUGGGAUAUUUGAAAGCAGGGACUGCAAAUUUGGCUGGAAUGGCAGCAAAAGCUUCAACAGCAGUCAAAGAGGAGGUAAAACCAGAAAAAACCGUAUUUGAAUUGAAACUGUUGUCCUAUAAAGCAGCUUCCAAAAUUAAAGUCAUCAAAGAGGUUCGGGGCUUUACGGAUUUAGGUUUGAAAGAGGCAAAGGAUAUAGUGGAAAAAACACCUUCUAUUAUAAAGAAAGGUGUUUCAAAGGAAGAAGGAGAACAGAUAAUUGAGAAACUGAAAGCACUUGGUGCAAAUGUUGUCAUGGAGUGA